GCGGGCAGCUGAACUACGAGAAUUCCACCGAGAUGAGAUGCUUUCUUGACUCCGCCAACAGAUUCCGCAUCCUGGGCUGUGUGCUGUGUGCGGUGUGCGGUGGGAAUGCCGGGGUAAAUAGGACCCCCAUCCCCCCCAACGAUGGGCCCCAACAGAUCCACGGUGCUCGCGCCCAGAAAUAUAAAGAGCGGUCCUGCCCAAUGGAAUCGGUGCUUCCUGGGGCGCUGAUGACUGGCUUCCAGGGGAGGGGGACCAAAGGAACCCUGAUAAAGUCAGCUCCAUCUCCGAUCCCCUUUCUAGAGAGGAAUCACUUUGUGUUUCUUCCAAACAAUGGCUUCUGCUUUGCGGGAUCAGCACGAAUACCGGCGGACGGGUUCACUAGGCCACCAGAUUUCCAAGUUCUAGACGGGACAGCAGACAGCCAUCGAUCGUGUUCGGUGCGUGUAACUGUUACGGCGGGGACAAUAACUUACUGGGGUGGGAGGGUUAGCCCUAACUUAACUCAAUACACUGGAACUAGCUUCAAGAAACUCUCUCUAGGCGAUUUCGGCGAUUGGUAAGUUAGACUUUUACAAUUGUUAACUACUUAUAAGAACAAUAUCAAAAGCAUUUUGAGUAGGUAUUAUUACUAUUUCGCGGUGAUAUGUUCUACUCAUACCUUCGCUUACCCCCCCCACCCCACCACAUCAUGGGUGGGUGCACCUCACCACAACAUUAUUAUCACCAAACAUGAUAUAUUAGAGAUCAUGUUGGACGUCUGAGUAGUUGUAUUAUUGGUUGCUAUCUACGGAGUA